UGGACAUGCUGACAGCGUGGAUCACCUGCAGCUCCAGAUUCACAAGCCGGGGAAUCCGCCCGCGAACGAUCGGCAGUGCCUGAGCCCGAACUUGCAUAUUAGGAUCCUGAACCCGCAGGUAUGUGGCUUGCUGAGCCCUUUCCUGCACCCACAGCUGAGAUCCCAGCGGGGAAAGACGAGCACAUUGCAAGGAUGAUUUCUUCAGCUGCAAUCAACGACAUAUUCAGGGGAAUUAUAACCGACCAGCUUGGCGUCCCCUCCCCAUUAUGCAACGCAUGGCGAUAUAAGACUCGAGCGACUCCAGCCACCUUGAAACAAGAGUUGACUCCAUACUCAACUCCUUUUUUACCUCUCAUCUUGCCAGCAGAAUGACUUCCGCAACCUCAAUGGACUUCCACCUCGCCGAUGGCCGAGCCUAUUCCCUCGGCCGCAGCAACGCAGCCGCCUCUCGUCUGAAUUACCAAUUCUACCUGUGGAAAGAAUCCUUCGGCUUCAACCUCCACCCCAACAUCGCUGCGUCGCUCCCCACCCCCAAUCCAUGCAUUGCCGACAUAGCAUCUGGAACAGCCAUCUGGCUCCUCGACCUCGCCCCGGAGCUCCCCAACGCUACCUUCGAAGGCCUUGACAUGAGCAUGGCAGUGGCUCCGCCGCCCGAAUGGCUUCCCAACAACAUCACCCUCCGUCGAUGGAACCUCCACGAUAAUGUCCCCGCCGACCUCGUCGAGAAGUUCGACGUCAUCCACCUCCGCUUGCUGGUUCUGGUGGUGGAAAACAGCGAUCCAACGCCAAUCAUCCGCAAGGUGUCCCGCAUGCUCAAGCCGGGAGGCUGGAUCCAGUGGGAUGACUACAACUAUCAGGGCACACACGUGGUCAAGGUUAACCCAGCCCAGAAGACACCGGCUCUGGAGCAGCUCUGCGCGUUUCUGUUUUCGGGCGGGCGGCAGGACUGGGUGGUGGAGCUUCCCCGCAUUUAUGAGAGGGAAGGAUUUGAGAAGGCCCAGAUCUUUCACUAUCGGCCGCGACGGGAGAUGGUGAGGGCGAAUGGGGAGUUACAUCUCUCCACGAUUGAGGAGUUCGCGGCUAGGUUGCUGGAGGAUGGGAAGGUGGAGGCGGGGAAUGAGUUAAUGGGGCUGGUGCGGCAAGGGCUUGUGGAGGCCGGGGCCGGGGCGGCCAUGUCGACGCCUCGAGCGGUUAGUAUUGGACGGAAGAAGGAUCUGAACGGGGCGAAGUUGUAGACUUGGGUUGCGGCGCUUGAGGCAUGUAGUUGGUUGUGUGCGGGAUUUGCACACUGUAGGCAGAAGGCCACCUUUGAUCGUGGUUUCAGGCAAUAAGUGCGAG